CGACAGCCCCGCCUCCCUCCCUCCCGCUGCGCAUGCGCGGGAGCGCGGGCGGCGUGUGACAGUUGGCGGCCAUGAACUUCCUCCGAGGGGUAAUGGGCGGCCAGAGCGCCGGCCCGCAGCCCAGCGGCGCCGACACCGUGCAGAAGCUAUGUGACAGAGUAGCUUCUUCUACGCUGCUAGAAGACCGCAGAGAUGCUGUGAGAGCACUCAAAUCACUGUCUAAGAAAUAUCGUCUUGAAGUGGGCAGUCAGGCUAUGGAACACCUCAUUAACGUGCUGCAGAUGGAUCGCUCAGACUCUGAAAUAAUUGGCUAUGCAUUGGAUACCCUUUACAAUCUGAUCUCUAAUGACGCUGAAGAGGAAGAACCAGCAGAAGGAUCUGAAGAGGAGAAUGUUCAAAAGUCUAGUUCUGAUGAUCUUGAGAUGCAGUUCACAGAGAUUUUCAUCAAGCACCAGGAAAAUUUAACCUUGUUGUUAUCAUUGUUAGAGGGGUUUGAAUUUCAUGUGCGUUGGCCUGCUGUGAAACUCCUAACUGCUCUUUUAAAAAAUCUUGGGCCACAAGUUCAACAAAUCAUUCUUGUCUGUCCAUUGGCUGUGUCCAGGAUGAUGGAUUUGCUUGCAGACUCCAGAGAAGUGAUUCGCAAUGAUGGGCUUUUGCUACUGCAACAAUUAACAAAAGGCAAUGCAGCCAUUCAGAAGAUUGUUGCAUUUGAAAAUGCCUUUGAACGACUGCUGGAUAUUAUCACUGAAGAAGGAAUGAGUGAUGGAGGUAUUGUGGUUGAAGAUUGUCUUUUACUGCUCCUUAACUUAAUGAAGAACAAUAGUUCAAAUCAGAAUUUUUUCAAAGAGGGUUCAUACAUUCAGCGCAUGAAACCUUGGUUUGAAGUUGCUGAAGGGAAUUCUAGUUGGUCUGCACAGAAGGUGACAAAUCUUCAUCUGAUGCUGCAGCUGGUUAGGGUGCUGGUGUCUCCAGUGAACCCACCUGGAGCUACAAGCAGUUGUCAGAAGUCAGCAUUCCAGUGUGGCUUGUUGCAGCAGUUGUGCACCAUCCUGAUGGCAACAGGAGUUCCUGCUGAUAUUCUCACUGAGACCAUUAACACAGUAUCUGAAGUUAUCAGAGGUUCUCAAGUAAACCAGGAUUACUUUGCUUCUGUGAAUGCACCUUCCAAUCCACCAAGACCUGCAAUUGUAGUACUUCUGAUGUCCAUGGUCAAUGAAAGGCAGCCAUUUGUUCUGCGCUGUGCUGUACUGUACUGUUUCCAGUGCUUUUUGUACAAAAACCAGAAAGGACAAGCAGAGAUAGUGGCCACACUUCUGCCAGCAACCAUUGAUGCAAAUUCCAUCUCAGCUGGCCAACUGCUGUGUGGAGGCCUCUUCUCUCCAGAUUCACUCUCAAACUGGUGUGCUGCUGUAGCACUAGCACACGCUCUGCAGGAUAAUUCAAUCCAGAAGGAACAGUUACUCAGGGUCCAGCUGGCCACCAGUCUUGGAAAUCCGCCUGUGUCUCUGCUCCAACAAUGCACCAAUAUCCUCUCACAGGGAGAUAAGAUCAACAGACGGGGAAGCAAAGUACAAACACGGGUUGGGUUGCUGAUGUUACUGUCCACCUGGAUGACAAACUGCCCCAUCGCUGUCACUCAUUUCUUGCACAACCAGACCAAUGUCCCCUUUUUAACUGCACAGAUAUCUGAGAACCUUGGAGAGGAGGAACAGCUUGUGCAAGGUCUCUGUGCCCUUUUAUUGGGCAUCUGCAUUUACUACAAUGACAACUCACUGGAAAACUACACUAAGGAAAAACUAAAGCAACUAAUAGAGAAGAGGAUUGGAAAAGAAAUUUUCAUUGAGAAGUUGGCUUAUAUCAGUAAACAUGAGCUGUACUCUCGAGCUGGCCAGAAACCUCAGCCCAGCUACUCCACUCCAGAGCAAAUGCUGUUUGACCAUGAAUUCACCAAAUUAGUUAAAGAACUGGAAGUCCUAAUAACAAAGGCUGUUCAGAAAUCCAGCGAGGAUGAGAAGAAGGAAGAGGAGGUGAAGAAAUCUCUGGAACAACAUGACAGUAUAGUCAGUCAAUACAAGGAGCUAAUUCGUGAACAGGAUACACAGCUGAAUGAGUUGAAGAAACAAGUAACUGCCUUGACUAAUCAAAAUGAACAGAGUCAAACAACAAUAACGCAACAGGCAUCACAGAUUCAGCAACUAAAGGACCAGUACAACCUUCUCAAAAUACAAGGCAAACCUCUUGACAGUCAUCAUCACAUUCACAAUGAAGCGGCACAGAUCAAUGGCAUCCAACCCAAGGCUGAUGUGGAAGAAAUUGGAAGAUUACAAGAAGAGCUAGAAGAGCUGAAAAAGCAGCAUGCCAUAUUAGAAGGACAACUGACUGAAAAGGAGUCCAUAAUUGAAAAAUUGAGGACUAAUCAGACAACAGGAAGCAAAGAUACAGAAGUUUGUAUGGAUAACACCGGGGAUCCAACAACAGAACGACACAAGGAGCUGGAGACCUUGCGGACCCUAGUACAGACGCAAGCUGCAGAAAUCAGCCAGCUUCAGUCCAAGAAGCAAGAGCUGGAGAAUCAGCCUGCAACCAUGACUGGGGCAGGAUCAGGAGAUGUUGACAAUGCUUCUGCAUUAACAAGGAUUACACAGUUGGAAAACAGACUAUCAGCUUUGGAUGAUGAAAAUCAAAAGUUAAAGGGCCAGGUAAAGGGCUUGACUGAGGAGAAGAAUUCCCUGGAUCAGCAGCUAACUUCAGUAAAUAGUACAGUUGUCAUCCUUCAGACCGACAAGAGUAAACUCCAGCAGGAGCUGAUGGAAUCGAAGAAGGAGCAGGAUGACCUGUUGGUGCUGCUUGCAGACCAGGACCAGAAAAUCUUCACACUGAGAAACAAGCUGAAGGAGCUUGGCGAACCGGUUGAAGAUGAAGAUGACAUGGAAUCUGGUGACCAAGAUGACGAUGAUGAUGACGAAGAUGACCUGAACUAGUUGUAUCUCACUUGCACGCAGGCAAAGUAGGGAAAUAAAAUGGAAUGAGGGUCAAAGCUUCUAAUAUCACAAUGCAUAAUGUAGAAGCAAGGUUAAAAAUGUUCGGGUUUUUUUUUGAAAAGGGGUUUUGAAAUAUCUGUUCAUUGUAUCUACCCAUUACAGAAGUUUUCUCAUCAGGUAGGACAGAAACUUUUAACUCUUGAAGUAUUAAAGUUUUAACAAAGCGUUUUUUUUUCUCCAUUUAAAGGAAAAAAUAGAUAGCCUCCUCUCCCCAACCCUCAGUACAGUAAGCAGAGAUUCACUGUUGUGCUGGUAUAAUCUGAACCAUUAUGGACGUGUAAACUCAGCCAAGCGUUGCAACAAGUACUUUCGACAGAACUGUUGUGGGAGGUUGCAGACCUAACUGCAAAUUAAAAGCAUCAAUUAGAAAAAUAAAAGUUCAAUGCCAGGCCAAGAAUUGGGGCAACUGGAUGUUCUACACAGAACUUAUUUGAAGAGUCAAUUCAUGAGAACUGCCUUUUACUCGUUACUCCAUUCAUUUGCAUCCUACCAUACCUAUCCAGUGUAAGAGCUGUACGCAGUAGGAGAGAAGCAUGGCACACCUGUAUUGCCAUCCUAUGCAUUGGUGGUGGGAGGGGGGCAUUGUAUCUUCACUUUUGUAUCGGCAAGAACACCAAAGUUGAAUGGCCUUUCUGAACUGAGGCUGUGUGCUGGGAAGUGUCUGUCUGAGCUGGUAGCCUCCCUGAUUUGUGACAGUCCAUCACUCAUGGAGGAUUCAUUGUGCCUUCACAUUGUUCAAAGCUGUGUUCUGUCCCUCCAAAUUGGAACUUGCUGUAAAGUUAAUAGCGGCACAACAUUUGAACAGUUUGGUAUUACAGAUAUUUAAGUGUAAUUCUUAAUGUCAAUUUAUUAUUUGUAGACAAUACUGCAAGCAAAGAUUUAUUUCUACGUCUGUUGGCUGUAUUGAUGAGAUACAAGAUCUGUAUGAUUUAUGUAAUUUAUUGGCUGUUAGGCCAAGUCGGAAUAAAAUGAGAUAAUACACUUUA